AUGCCACCACCAUCUGCCCAAGCGCUGCCCGCCCUGCUAUCCAAAGUCCGCACCAUCCUCCCAGCUUCCAUACCUAAGAGCGCCGCCUACAUCCUACCGGCAUCCACCCUCAUCGCCCUCGGCCACCCCAACCUCCUCGGCCCGCUCUUCCUCCACGUCACCGGCCACAAUGACACCAGCCCCGCAACCCCGGCAACCCCAUCGCAAUCGCAAUCGCAACAACAACCCUCCAGCACCCCCGCCCCGUCGUCGACCCCACGACCCCACCCCCUCUCCCCCGCCGAAACCCGCACCAUCUCGCUGCACCUGCGCGACAUGCUCCUGAAAGAAUGGACCCUGACCGGCAUCCCGCUCGUCAUCACCGCCGUCUCCUCCCUCGGCCUCGCCGAGCAAGCCGCCGGCCUCUUCCCGCGCGACGCCCCCUCCACCUUUGACAACCGCGCCUGGAACGCCCCCACUCCCAGCCCCACCAGAGAAGAAGCAGCCUCUUCGCCCUCCCACCACCACCCCCUCGGCACGCAAUCCGCCCUCUCCCCGCGCUACUCCUGCCCCACCUCCCCAUCUCUCCCCCUCUCCCUCGCCCCCUCCUCCCCCCUCUCCGCCCGCGGCGCCGCCCACCUCCACCGCCUCUACCUGCACCACCUCCCCGCCAUCGCCGCCACCUGGUCCUCGCACGAGGCCGACUUCCGCUGGCUCGAGGAGUCGGUCAUCUACGGCCUCUUCCUGUCGGACCACGCCGUGCUCUCGGCGCUCGAGACGAGCCUCGUCACCGCCAGCGCCAUCGUCGCCCAGGGGCUCAAGGCGCCCGCGCUGUGGCACCUGCGCGGGCUGCGGAGGCUGGGCGUGCCGAGGGAGGACGUCGAGCGCGUGGUGAGGGUCGUGGGGGUGUGUGCGGCGUGGGCGGGGGGGAGGGGGGAGUGGCGUGGUCCGAGGGGGGGGGAGGAGGGGAAGGAGGGGGAGGGGCAGGUGGAGGAGUGGGUUGGGUGGGUGGGGGAGGUGGAGGGGGAGGUUUGA